UUGACAUAGUAAAAUAAAUUAAUAAUUGAAGGGAGGGGAAGGAGCUGUCGGCUUCGACCAGGCAAAGACGAUCCAAAUCCACAUCUCUUUCCUGCAGACAACCCUUUUACCUCCCAAUUCCCCCCAUACCCACUUCUUUUUUCCUUCAUUUUCUCCGUCCUCUAUUUUUUUUUUCUUUCUCAAAAACCUAUUUUUUUUUUCUACCUAAUUUCCCGUAAGUUUUAUAUUCCCUCAAAUUUAUAUAUAUUUUUUGCUUAUUUAGUUGAAUAUCUGAGAUAUAUAGCUGAUUUUAGUACUUGUAUCCUAUUUUUUUUUUAUUUUUAAUAUUUUAUUAAAAUUGGAGCUUGAUUUAUGGGUCAUUUUGAUCUAAUUUUAAUUCAGAUCGGCCCUCCUUUUGUUGAGCGUCACUUACACGUUUUGCAGUAACAAGUUGUACAUUACACAACCUCAGGAAGGAAUUCUUAUUAUAAAUAGGGUGAUCUGGUGUGACUCUCGGUAGCUUCUCAUGGCGCUCCAAGGCAUUCAUCAGUCUGCUGGACAGGCAGAGCAAGAUGCUUUGUACAAGGAACUCUGGUAUGCCUGUGCUGGACCCCUUGUAAAUGUUCCCCGCCAAGGGGAGCGUGUUUACUACUUUCCUCAAGGUCACAUGGAGCAGCUUGAAGCAUCAACACAUCAGGGAUUGGAACAGCAGAUGCCUUCAUUUAAUUUGCCAUCUAAAAUACUUUGCAAAGUGGCUCAUAUUGAACUUCGGGCUGAACCUGAAACAGAUGAAGUUUAUGCUCAGAUAACUCUGGUUCCUGAAAGAGAUCAAAGUGAGAUUACAACGCCUGAUGAACCAGUGGCAGAUCCUCCAAGGUGCAAUGUGCAUUCAUUUUGCAAGACAUUAACAGCUUCUGAUACUAGCACACAUGGUGGAUUCUCUGUGCUCCGGAGGCAUGCAGAUGAUUGCUUACCACCCCUGGAUAUGUCUCAGCAACCACCUUGGCAAGAGCUUGUGGCUACAGAUCUCCAUGGUAGUGAGUGGCAUUUCCGUCACAUUUUUCGAGGGCAACCAAGACGCCAUCUACUGACUACGGGAUGGAGUGUUUUUGUCAGUUCCAAGAAGCUAGUUGCUGGGGAUGCAUUUAUAUUUUUGAGAGGUGAAAAUGGAGAACUGCGUGUUGGAGUAAGGAGGGUAAUGAGGCAGUUGAACAAUAUGCCGUCUUCUGUUAUUUCUAGUCAUAGCAUGCACCUUGGUGUCCUUGCCACAGCAGCCCAUGCAAUUCAAACUGGAACCUUAUUUUCAGUUUUCUACAAGCCAAGAACUAGUAGGUCUGAGUUCCUUGUGAGUGUGAACAAGUACCUUGAGGCCAAGAGCCACAAGCUUUCUGUUGGGAUGAGGUUCAAAAUGAGAUUCGAAGGUGAUGAAGUUCCUGAGAGAAGGUUCAGUGGCACAAUUGUUGGUGUCAAUGAUACUUCAUCAUCAAGUUGGGCCAACUCUGAAUGGAGAUCUUUGAAGGUUCAAUGGGAUGAACCUUCAUCAAUUAUGCGCCCAGAGAGAGUUUCCCCUUGGGAAUUGGAACCGCUAGUAGCAAAUAAUUCUAGCAACUCCCAGCCUACUCAAAGGAAUAAGCGGUCACGACCUGCGGUGAUGCCAUCGUCAGCGACAGAUUUGUCUGCACUGGGAAUCUGGAAGUCUCUGGUUGAAUCUCCUGCUGCUGCAUGUGCUGAAGUCGACCGUACCCGUGAUCAAUUUUCUUCUGUGACAAAGGCUGGUUCAGUAGGUUUCACCGCAAACAGUUCCCUUCCUGUGCUAUCCAGCCAUUCCAUUUAUUGGUCCCAUAUAGCAGAAAAUGCAUCAGAGUCGCUUGGUUCUGUUGUAAACAAAGAAUCUGGCGAAAAGAGAAAGAGUAGUGGAGCUGGCUGCCGUUUAUUUGGAAUUCAGCUUUUUGAUCAUUCCAAUUUGGAUGAAACUUCUACCAGGGGUGGUGAGGAUCAACCUGUUCCAUCUCUGGAAGCUGAAUCUGAUAGAUCCAAUGUUAAUCGACCUGAUGUACCUUCCCUGAGUUGUGAUCCUGACAAAACUUCUCUGAAUAAGCCAAGCCGUACAUGCACAAAGGUUCAUAUGCAAGGUGUGGCUGUUGGGAGGGCAGUAGAUCUGACUCGCUUUGACUGUUAUAAUGACCUCCUUAACAAACUGGAGCAGCUGUUUGAUAUUAAAGGGGAGCUUUGUUGUUCAUCAGGGAAAUGGCAGGUUGUCUACACAGAUGAUGAGGAUGACAUGAUGAUGGUUGGAGACGAUCCAUGGCAGGAGUUUUGCAGCAUGGUCAGAAAAAUCUUCAUCUACACAUCUGAAGAAGUCAAGCGUCUCUCACCUAAGAGUAAAAUCAGUGUUGAAGAGGAAGCAAAACCAGGCUAUACUGAUGCUGAAAUGCCUGCUGCCUCAGAGGAGCAGUCAUCUGCUGUGGGACCAAGUUGCUAGCUUUCGCUAUCCUGCAAUCUUGAGAGGAAAUUGAAAAAUCACCCUAGCUCAAGUCAAAAUAAUGAUAGAAAAUAGACAACCAAACUGCAGUAAAGAAAAGAGGGAAUCAAGGAAGAGGGGAAAAGUUGAUAGUAAGCAGUUGUGAUAUGGUAUGGAAUAUGGAUGAAGCUAGUAGGCAGCAUAUAAAGGGGAAUUACUGACUCUCUGCUGUCUGUUGUAGUUUAGUUUUGUUUUACAGCUUAUGUUUUGUCAUGGAGGGUCUCUGUUACUUUCCUCGUCAAGAAAUUAAAUAGGUUAAAUAGGCUAAGGAAGCUGGUCUCCUCUACUUCAUGUGUCCUAUACAUGAUGAGAGCUGACUAUUUAGUUUGCCCCUUUGUAUCUUCCCUCUUCCUGUUGUAUGACCAGAUAAUACCUUCCUUUUGUAUAUAAAAAUAUGUCUAUUUAUAGUUGGGUUUGGUGUUUUA